AUGGAAAUCAACUUACUCGACCCGCAAAGCUUCUCAGGCGGACAUCCCCACAAUCAGUACGACUGGCUGCGCGAAAAUGAACCUGUGUACUUUCACGAUGAGCCCAGGGGACGUGGCUACUGGGCUAUUACGCGACAUGCGGAUGUGCACGCAAUCGGGCGCAAUGCCGAAUUAUUCAGCAGCGAACCCACCAUCAUGAUAGCCGACCCCGAUGGCAGCCUGCCUGGGGCCCCAAAGAACGAGAAGAUGAUGCUGGUGAUGGACCCGCCGGAACACACGGCCUACCGCAAAUUAAUCAGCCGGGAGUUUACCCAGGGACCGGUGCGCAACUACAGCGAUCGCAUCAAUGAUCUUGCCAAACUGAUCGUCGAUCGGGUGAUUGACCGUGGCGAAUGCGAGUUCAUCAAUGAAAUCGCGGGGGAGAUGCCCAGCUAUGUGAUUGCUGAUCUCGUCGGCUUGCCGCUGGAGGAUGGCCGCGAACUGUACAAGCUUACCGAAAUCAUCCACUCCGCCCCUGAGACACAGCCAGACAAUGCGAUCCCAGAGGCGGUAACGAAGAUGUUCGAAUAUGGUGCAGGAGUAAUGGCCGAAAAGCGCGCGAACCCAGGUAACGACCUGGCCAGCAAGUUGCUGGCCGCGGAAGUCGACGGUCGUCAGUUGACCGACAUGGAGUUCCUGUUGUUCUUUCUACUGCUGAUUGAUGCGGGCGGCGACACGACACGCAAUCUGGUUGGCACCGGUAUGUAUGAGCUAAUGAAACACCCGGAGCAGCUGGCGCUACUGCGCUCUGAUGUGGACCGAUACCUGCCAUCAGCACGCGAUGAACUGCUCCGCUGGACCUCUCCAGUCACCUACAUGCGCAGGACGGCGACAAAGAACACCAGGAUCGCAAAUCAGAACAUCAAGGCCGGUGACAAGGUGGUGAUGUACUACGGCGCAGCCAAUCGCGACCCGGAAGUAUUCGACCGACCGCAUGACCUGGACGUCACCCGCACCAACAAUAAGCACAUCGCCUUCGGUGGCGGCCAUCACGUCUGCCUGGGUCAGUGGUUUGCGCGCUUGGAAAUUGACGCCAUUCUGCGCGAGGUGUUGACGCGCAUGGAUGAGAUUGAACUCAGUGGCGAGGUCACUUGGAUGCCGAGCAAUUUUAUCUGUGGCGUGACAUCUAUGCCGGUGAGGUUCAAGGCGACUUAA